GAGGACUGAAUGUCACAUGGUUUAAGACAGUGCGUUACUACGCAUGACUUUGAGUAUUUCUUCAAGAAAUAUGAGUUUAUGGUCUUCGCUGGAAGAAGCAUAUGAUAAUUUAGAUCUUUCAGAAAGUGAUGGAGAAUGUAACAACUCCACCAAGUUAUAUAUGCAAAAAUUUCAAAGCAAAGUCGAUUUUUCAAUGAAAAAUGAAAGGAAGUUAAAAGAUAAAAGUGACAAGGCAACGACUGAUCAUGCUCUAGACAGAAGAUCGUGCUCCAUACUAUUCAAAAUGAUGAAUCAAGAAAUAUUUAGUGAAGUCAAUGGGUGCAUUAGUACAGGGAAAGAAGCAAACAUAUAUCAUGUAAAAAAUAAAGAGAAUGUGGAUUUCGCUAUCAAAGUUUAUAUGACAUCAAUAAUGCCAUUUAAAUCUCGCGAUAAAUACGUAAAGGGUGAUUUUAGAAUGCGUCAUGGUUACUCAAAGUCAACAUCUUGGAAGCUUGUAUGUAAAUGGAGUGAAAAAGAAUAUCGUAAUUUACUCCGAAUAAAUCAAUCGGGUUUAAUAAGUGCCCCCAAACCUCUACGUUUGAAAGGCGUUGUUCUGUUGAUGACCUUUGUUGGGAAGGAUGGUAUUCCCGCUCCAAAGUUAAAGGAUGUUUGUUUUCAGGAAAGCGAUUGCAAAGAUUCCCCCGAUUGGGCUGCCUUGUACUUUCAAGUUGUCCAUGAUAUACGAACUUUGUUUCAAAAGUGCCGCUUAGUCCACGCCGACCUAAGCGAAUACAACUUACUAUAUCUUGAUGGAAGAGUUUGGAUGAUUGAUGUUUCCCAGGCUGUGGAACAUGAAUCGCCUCAAGCUCUUGAAUAUUUAAGAACUGAUUGCCACAAUAUAAAUAUAUUUUUUCGCAAACAAGGUGUCUCAACUUUAACAUUACGAGAACUUUUCGAAUGGGUAGUGAAUCCCUCAUUGCCUGCACCCGAUGAUGCAUCAUCUAAAGAGUGUUUAAUGUCUUUACUUCGAGAAGCUUCAAUUCGUGGAUUAAAUGAAACAAUUGAAAAAGAGGAUGAAGCUUUCCGAUAUGUACAUAUCCCUCGAAAUUUAUCAGUAUCUUAUCCAUUUGUGAGAGAUUUUCUUAAAAUACAACGUGGACAAUUGUCACAUUCUGAUAUUUACUAUGCAGCUAUAACUGGACUGAAACCAGAUUUAACAGGCAUUUUAACACAACCUCAAGUGAUCAAAGAAAACAAUGAAUGUGAAUCAGACAAUGAAUCAAUUACAGACAAAGCUUCAAUCACUUCAGAAAUUUCUUUUGAAUCUAUUAACGAAGAUGUAAUUAAAGCAAAGAAUAAUGCACGACCUCGAAAUGAAUCUCCAGAAAGUCGUAGGAAUAGAAAAAAAGCAAUCAAACAAGAACAAGCUGAAAAGCGAAAACAUAAAAUUCCUAAGUAUGUUAAAAGACGUAAAAUAAAAAAGUAAAAAUUUUGAAAUUGAUUAGUGUUUUGCUGACGGAUAGUUGUUAGAUUAUAAAUGUUAAUAUCAAAAUAAUUGUAUUGCACCGUAGUGAAAACGUUCUGUCUAAACUAACUAAACAACUUAAAUAACGACACGUCUAAUAAUUAGCCCCUUUUAUAAACUUUGAUAGAACAAUGAGAAGACGGAGUUUAUCUGAAAAAUGUGAUGUAUUUGCGCUAUACAUUUCGAACAAUCUGGUCACACAUAUACUUAUCAAGGCAUUUUUAUAUGAAAAUUAAUAAACUGGGUUUAAUAAUUUUAAUAACCAUUUAGCUAACUCAUGUGUGGGGGAACCGCGCAUAGACAAAAUUGAUCGUAAUGGAAUAUUAAGUUUAUGAAUUUUAGGUAAUCCAUAUAAAUUCGGGGAAACUGAACCCGAAGGUUUUAGUAUAUUAAACUCCUCAUUGUUUAUGACGCUCAUCCCGUUACCAUUUUUGAGAGAAUUACUCUUAUUAUGUACUGCUAAUGUUCAAUUCCCGUUUGGUGGUGAAUAUUUUCAACAACUUGAUGGUGCAGCCCUUUGGAGCCUCUCUUAGCCGAUGUUUUCAUGUCAUAUGUGGAAAACAUGACGAGCGAGCUUAUUAAUGAGGCAACUCUAUAUAGAAGAUACAUGGACGAUAUUCUUAUUAUAUGUUAUAAGGAUUUUGUUGGUUACCGACUAUUGGAUAAACUCAAUGGUGUUCAAGAUGAUAUUGUGAUGACAUAUGACUCAGAAAGUAAUGGUAAAUUGGCCUUUUUAGAUAUACUUUUAAGUCGAAGGGAUGAUGGCACUAUUAGACGGUCAAUGUACAGGAAACCAACCUGGAUGGGACAAUAUUUAAAUUUCCAUAGUUUUUGUCCAUUGUAAUACAAGCGAGGCUUGGUUAAGUGUCUCUUUAAGAGGACUGAAAGAGUUUGUACUUCUGACACGUUGGAAAAAGGUGAGAAGAUACUGACUGACACAUUAAUAGCAAAUGGUUAUCCACUUAAGUUUAUUAAUACGGUGCAAAAGUCAGUUAAUGCCGAAAACCUCUUGUUUAUUUAGCUCCAAAGAAAAAAGUUUAUAUCAAUUUACCAUAUAGAAGCAAAUCCAACAGCAUAGUUUUCAGACAGAGAUUGAAAGCAGCCAUCGAGAAUACCUAUUAUGCUGCUCAGUUGGUUGUGAUUGAAAAGUCUAAGCCCAUGAUUCCUAAUAGACCCAAACAAUUCGCUAAUGAUUACGUCACAUCCCAUUGUAUUUACCAAUUUACAUGUUUGUGUGGAUGUUAGGGUAUUCGGAAAAAUAUACCAAUAGUUAUCAUGUCAAGUCUAAUGGUGUCCUUGGACUUUAAAUGGACAUUUCCUAUUGUUUAUUUCACUUGUUAAAUAUUGUACGAAUGUUUUCUAUUUUAUGGUACGAUGUUGUUUGUUUGAUUGGUAUAUAGACAGAGUAUGUCUGAAAUAUAACGAUUUAUAUCUCAGAGGCUGAGACUUGCGUUCUGGACUCAACUGGCUGGGCUAGACAGGGAAGCAGACCAAUCGGAGCCCUAGGUCGUUCUUGCGUGUCUUUUGAUCGACCGGUAACUCGCUAACCUCCAAUCUGCAGCCACACACGUUACAACAAUGGACACACAUACAUAGGGAGGAGUAAUCGAACAAUGCAAUCAAGGGUCAAUGAACAUGUGCCUAGAUGGCUUCAAAAUCAAUGUGGUUGGUAGAAAAGCAGGUUCAUCGAUGGCGAAACAUAUAAUUGAAACGGGGCACAAAAUUGACAUUAAUACAGCUUUUAGAACGUUGUAUAGAAAUUAUCAAGGACGAAUCCUUAAGUUUAUUAAAACCUUUGCUAUUCGUAAAUUUAAAGCCCCCUUAUGUGUACAAAGACAAUUUAUCGUAACCUUGAAAAUCCUUAAGUCAUUUUAUGGCCUAAGAUAACGCGACAAUUUCUUAUUCUUUCUCUCCCCUUUAUUAUUUUACUUGAACUUUCAUUUAAUUGACCUUUAUUAGUUUUCAUAUAAAAAAUGCCUUGACAAGUAUAUGUGUGUGACCAGAUUGUUCGAAAUGUAUAGCGCAAAUACAUCACAUUUUUCAGAC